UAUGCUUUUAGUAUUUAAAAAUUUUAGAUAACGAUGACAGUUCGUUGCCCAGUGCUCGAACGGUGAACAUCUCAGUGAACAAGUUGAUUCAAACAUUUAAUUUUUAUUUACUGUUGAAAAUAUCAAAUUAUGGCAACUCCACAAUCCGAUAUAGAGAAACGUAAACAGAUUAGUGUUCGUGGUAUUGCAGGAGUUGAAAAUGUAACUGAAGUGAAAAAAACAUUUAAUAGACAUUUACAUUAUACGCUGGUCAAAGAUCGUAAUGUAGCCACCCCCAGAGAUUAUUAUUUUGCAUUGGCACAUACUGUAAAAGAUCAUCUGGUAUCGAGAUGGAUCCGUACACAACAGUAUUAUUACGAGAAAGAUCCAAAGAGAGUCUACUACCUAUCACUCGAAUAUUACAUGGGACGAUCAUUACAAAACACUAUGAUCAAUAUUGGAAUCCAAGGUGCUUGCGAUGAAGCUUUGUAUCAAAUGGGUUUGGAUAUUGAAGAAUUAGAAGAACUUGAAGAAGAUGCUGGUCUUGGAAAUGGUGGUUUAGGACGUUUAGCUGCAUGUUUCUUAGAUUCAAUGGCAACAUUAGGUCUUGCCGCCUAUGGAUACGGUAUUCGUUAUGAAUACGGUAUUUUUGCACAAAAAAUUAGAAAUGGGGAACAAAUUGAAGAACCCGACGAUUGGUUACGUUAUGGUAACCCAUGGGAAAAAGCUCGUCCUGAAUAUAUGUUACCCGUUAAUUUCUAUGGGCAUGUUGAAACUACACCCACUGGAAAGAAAUGGGUUAACACUCAAAUUGUUUUUGCUAUGCCAUACGAUAAUCCAAUUCCUGGUUAUAACAACAAUGUUGUUAAUACCCUUCGUUUAUGGUCCGCAAAAUCUCCAAUUGGGUUCAAUCUUAAAUUCUUUAACGAUGGUGAUUAUAUUCAAGCUGUCUUGGAUCGUAAUUUGGCCGAGAACAUUUCACGAGUUCUUUACCCCAAUGAUAAUUUCUUCGAGGGUAAAGAAUUACGUUUGAAACAAGAAUACUUCAUGUGCGCUGCUACAUUACAAGAUAUUAUUCGUCGUUUUAAAUCAUCGAAAUUUGGUACCCGGGAACCAGUUCGUACUAAUUUAGAUUUAUUCCCUGAUAAAGUUGCCAUACAAUUGAAUGACACACAUCCAUCACUUGCCAUACCAGAAUUAAUGCGAAUUCUUAUUGAUAUUGAAGGAUUAUCGUGGGAGAAAGCAUGGGAUAUUACUGUACGCACUUGUGCUUACACAAACCAUACAGUUCUUCCAGAAGCUUUGGAACGGUGGCCUGUAUCUUUGUUGGAAUGUAUUUUACCUAGACAUAUGGAAAUUAUAUACCACAUUAAUUUCCUUCAUUUACAAGAAGUUGAAAAGAAAUAUCCUGGUGAUUUAGAUCGAAUGCGGCGUAUGUCUUUGAUUGAAGAGGACGGCGUUAAACGUGUUAAUAUGGCUCAUUUAUCUAUUGUUGGAUCCCAUGCUGUUAAUGGAGUUGCAUGGAUUCAUUCAGAAAUUUUGAAAGAUGAUCUAUUCCAUGACUUUUAUGAAAUGACACCAGAAAAAUUCCAAAACAAAACAAAUGGUAUUACACCACGUCGUUGGUUAUUGCUCUGUAAUCCAGGAUUGAGUGAUUUAAUUUGUGAUAAAAUUGGCGAAGAAUGGCCAGUACAUCUAGAUAAAUUACAAGGGUUAAAAAAAUUCGCAAAAGAUCCAAAUUUCCAACGUGCCAUAAUGAAAGUAAAACAAGAGAAUAAAUUAAAAUUAGCACAAUUACUUGAAAGAGAUUACAAUAUUAAAGUUAAUCCAGCGUCAAUAUUUGACAUUCAAGUAAAACGUAUUCAUGAAUAUAAGCGGCAAUUAUUAAAUUGUUUGCAUAUAAUUACAAUGUACAAUCGAAUUAAGAAAAAUCCAAAUGCCAAAAUAACGCCACGAACCAUAAUGAUUGGUGGUAAAGCUGCUCCAGGUUAUUACACUGCCAAAAAAAUUAUCAAACUUAUAUGUGCCGUUGGAAACGUUGUAAACAAUGAUCCAAUUGUUGGUGACAAAUUAAAAGUAAUCUAUUUAGAAAAUUAUCGUGUUACAUUGGCCGAAAAAAUUAUACCCGCCGCCGAUUUAAGUGAACAAAUCUCUACAGCUGGUACUGAAGCAUCCGGUACCGGUAACAUGAAAUUCAUGUUAAAUGGCGCAUUAACAAUUGGUACCUUAGAUGGGGCUAAUGUUGAAAUGGCUGAAGAAAUGGGCAAUGAAAAUAUAUUUAUAUUUGGUAUGACGGUAAAAGAAGUCGAAGCGUUACGGAAAAAAGGAUAUAAUUCACGAACAUAUUAUGAAGCAAAUCCAGAGAUUAAACAAUGUGUUGAUCAAAUUGGUAAUGGAUUCUUUAGUCCAAAUAAUCCAAAUGAAUUUAAAGAUAUUGCUGAUAUUUUAUUAAAUCACGACCAUUAUUUAUUAUUGGCUGAUUUUGAUUCUUAUAUUAAGAGUCAAGAUCGCGUCAGUGCUGUUUAUCAAGAUCAAAGUAAAUGGCUCGAAAUGGCAAUCCAUAACAUAGCAUCAUCUGGCAAAUUCUCAAGUGAUCGAACAAUCGAAGAAUAUGGACGUGAUAUUUGGGGUGUAGCUCCAAAUUACGAAAAACUUCCAGCACCUCAUGAACCACGUGAAUAAUUUUACUUGCAAUAAAAAAUAAAAAAACAUAUUAAAAAAACAAAUUUUAGAUUUUCAGUUCAUUAUAUUAUUUUAUCAUGACAUUC